AAGUUAUUUGAAAGCCACCGUAGGAGAAAGGUAAAUAGCAUACAUUUGUUUCUAAGUAAAUAAAUAUACUAAUAAUUCCUCCACUACCCACUCUAGUGAUUUAUCUACACAUUGUUAUGCCUCUAACACGUAUAUCUUAUGCACAUAUUUCAUAUCCUACUUUUACGUUACUGUUUUUAAGUUUUAAAGUACUAUAGAUAGGUUAGAAUUUUUUUUUUUGGGGGGGGGGUAGAAAUAAUUUUGGAUCAACUUCAUUUACCUUUUUUCUACUUUAUUCUAAUUUGAAUUAUAACACAAUUUAAAAUUAUUUUUUUUUUAAAUCACUUAUUUUAUAGGUAAAAUUUUUACUCUUCUUUCAUAUUUUUUUAUUUUUUAAUAUCGACCCCCGUAUAUUUUCUGCACUUAAUAUGCACGAUUCAACAUGCAGUGUUUCAUUCCCAGGUAUUCGGCAUGUCAGUUCUUUCUUUAGCUAGCUUAGGAAAAUUCUGCAGAGUUGAACAUUCGGUGAAAAGCUGUGUAUCGGUACCAUGGGCGCCCGCAGAAAACUUUCUAGGGGGGGGGGCAAAAAAAAUCGAUUUAACUUUCCAGGGGGGGGGGCAAAAUUUUUUUAGUAAGGUUUAAAUAUAUUUUUAAUUUACUGUAGCGUAUUUGUAUGGUGAACGAACGGACAGGACAUCAGCUUAGUUACUUUCUCUUUAUUUUCUCUUUACUUUAAUACAUUUUUUGUCUAUCUUUGUCUAAAAUUUUUUAUCCAAUCAAUCCAGGGGGGGGGGGCCUUGCCCCUACCUGCGGGCGCCCAUGAUCGGUACCACAAUUUUUAAGAUUCCCCAUUCGAAAUGCAUGCAGUGGAGUAUCCAGACUUUGAGACGUUCGGUCUGGUAACUGAUUUUUGCACCCCUCCCUCUUUUCUCAAUUCACGAAAUCCACCACUGCCUACACGAAAUAAAAAAGAUAUAAGCUGUAAUGUUGGAGGUUAAUGUAAAAAAUAAAAUUCCAAAUUUUAAAAAAAUCAAACAAUUAAUUUUAAUAUUUGAUUUAAACAAAAAAUCUAAAACAAGAAGAUCAUUUGAAGAAUUAAAAUAUUUAAAGAAUUUACCAUGCGUUUUGAUUACGCAGAACUUUCAGAUCAUUUUAGAAUCAUCGAUCUUUCAAUGUCUUUAGAGCAUAGACAGGUACGUGUUAAAACACGAGGCUCACUUGUCAAUGUUACCCUGCUGACAGGAUUCAGCUUGCGCGCUCUUGUGCUCAAUGACAAUUCGGACACGCUGCUAUAAACGACACAGCUCUUCUAUUAAAUGCUCCACGUUUCAAAUUAACCAUUCACUUCAGUAAUAAUCAAUAAAUACACUUGGGACGUCGUCGCAAGGGGUGAAGGAAGCAGUUACUUCCAAAUCUGGGUUGUGGGGAAUAAAAAUAAUCAACCCCCACCCUCCGCCUACCCCAUUUUUAGUUGUUUUUUUUUUUUUAUUUUUUGUUUUUUUUGUUAGUUGUAAAUCUGAUUUUGAAAUUCUCUAGGUUAAAAGAGUGACAUGGGAAACGAAGACACAAAGACUCAUUUUUUUUUUGUUUUGAAUUGUGAGGCUUAGGCUUGGAAGUGAACUAAAUCCUCUUGUAUAUAUAUUAUAUAUCUAUUAACAAGCUUAUGUAUUUGGAAAUGAUGCACACAAAAAGGAGAAAAUGUAAAACACACCAAUCUAUAUCAGUUCUUGGUUGUCCGAAAGUACACGCUUUCCUAGAGGUCAAAGUUCUGGAAUACAAAAGAGUAGGAAAAGACAGAAAAUACAGUAAAGCCAUACUCUCCAUACAUUGACAGUAGGCUUCGAAUUAUUUAUUAUUUGUCAUCCCGACUUUCACUGAACGGAAUACAACGAUUUUAGGGAUGAACUAAGUUGCCUAACCGAGUUAAGCAAUUUAUUGAUAUGCUCUCCCCUUUUAGUAUACCAGUAGACCUAAACAGCAGGUCUUAAAAAUGUACCUUACCACAGUUCCUAAACCUGUGCUGCAACACUAUUAGUCCUGAAUCAAAAACAAAACAAACAAAAAAUCGAUAGAAAUAAGGUAGAGAACAAUCUAAUCAAAAAUAUUUUGGUACAAAUCCAUUAUAAUACGUCAUAUCGAGCAAAGGGAGGUAAGGCUACUUUUCUUUAAAGUAACGUGCUUUAUAAGAAUCCCAAUUAGAGCCCCCCUCCCCCCCUCCCCCCAAUGAGGGCUCGCAACCACAUAUUUUUUCACUUCCCUGAACUAUACAAAUAUUCCAAAUCCCACACAAUUUUACAGUGCAGUUUAAUAUCACCAGCACUUUGGGGCUAACAAUUUCAAACAAUGCGUUGGCAUUGACAACACGUUUUUUAACACAUUAGCCCAUGUUCAGCUUGAUAGGUUGGCGUAAAGGGGGUCAAUUAUCCGUACGAAGAUUUUUGCCAAUCAGCCAACCAUACAAAAAACAAAAGCGAAGUUAAUAUAAAUGAUUUUUAAAGAAUAAAAUACGUAAUUUUAUCCUACAGCGUGUGUAUAUUAACUGAUUUUUUUAAAAUUUUCUAGACGUAUAUUAUAUAAGUACGUUAUUAUUUUGUGUUUAAUAUGUCGAAAUUCAGAUGUUCCAGGUCACCGUUUUGGCAUUGGUCGUAGCAAUGUCUUGGCCGUCCGCGUGUGCCGAUGACGACUGGGCCGCUUACAAGACCAAGUACAACAAAGCCUACACCGGUGACGAGGACAACCGCAGGCGGGCGAUCUGGCAGGACACCAUGACGCAAGUGAGGGAACACAACGCGCUGUACGCUCAAGGGAAGACCAGCUUCUUUAUGGCUGAGAACGCUUUAUCGGACGUGGUUAGUUUUCUGAUCGAACCAAUAAAAUAAUAUAUAUAUAGGUAAACUUCGCCUCGGCGUGUUAACUUAAGCCCCCCCCCCCCCUAAAAAAAAAAAAAAAGAUCACCUUAAUAGCGGGAUUACGUUAGAUAGGGUUUUUCCACAAAUUUCGCUGUGAAUAUCAAUGGGAUUUUAUUAAGUACGAAAAUAGAUGAUAAUUUGUUUUAUUAAAAAGUUCUUAAUUUUAGAAGAACAAACAAUCGCAUUCUGGUUAAUGAGUUGUAUGUUUGCUAAUAUGGACCAGUUUUAGUAAUUGGGCCACCAUGUUGUGUUCACUUUCUUUGAAAAUUAAAAAUAAAUAAAAAAAUCAUGUGAAACUGAAAAUUUUAAGAAAUGUUGGGUGCCACUAAAAGACCGCCUGAUAUGCGAAUUCGUCUUGUAGAGCGGGGCGCACUAAACUGGGGUUUGACUGCAUUGAUGAAAACGAUUGUUCAUUUGUGUCAUGAAAGUGUCAUUGCAUCAAAUCUUGUAUUACGCGUUGCGUCAAAUUUGUGCAAUUAUUUAAUUGUGGCUUGAUCCCCACCACCAUACCUAAAUUUAAAAAUAAAAAAAUGGUAUAUUUAUUUCUUGAAAUUUAAUUCACUUAUAGCCAUCUUAAUAAGUAUCGUUGCUGUAUAAAAUACUCACAUAAUAUAAAAGCAAGGUAACGAAUUGCAAUCGUUGUGUCCCAAAAAAACUCCAGGCUGAAAAAGAAAAAAUUUUUUUUCAAAGAUAUGACAUAAAUAAAAGGAGCUAUGCUUAAAAAUUGUAUUAAAAGGCAUUUAAAAAGCUGCGUAAAUGAUUCGUUCUUUAAUCCGUGUCUUUAUAAAUGUCUCCUUGGUUUCCAUUGUAAUAUAACAAACGUAUUAAUUUUGGUUUAGAGUUUAGAUGAGAUCUCUGAUGCACAAGACAAUUAUGUGGAACUUGAAGACAAUGUUGAGACGCCUGUCAGUGAGAAGCUGGUGAGCCAAGCUAAAAACAUACCAGAGAGUGUCGACUGGAGGGAGGAAAACAUCGUAACGGAAGUGAAAAAUCAAGGUCCUUUUGGGUCAUGCUGGGCAUUCGCUGUGGUGGCUGCAGUGGAAAGUCUUCAUUUAAAGUCAACUGGAGAGAAAGUUCUGCUCUCGGAGUCAAACCUCGUUGACUGCGCCACAAGUGGGUUCUAUAAUUAUUUUGAUGUAUAAAAUUAAAUAAAUAGCUCUAUGUAUUUAUAAGAUGGAACUCUUCUUUGGAAUAGCAUCUCUACUAGAGCCGAAAGGACAAUUAAGUGAAGAAGUCUUUAGUGUAUUCAAAUUGACCCCAAAGUAACGGCAUUACCCACUCACUUGCCCCGAGACAGGUGAUGCACCUGUAGACUUCGUGCUCCAGUCUUGAGCUUGUGUGUGGGCAAGGGUGGCAGGCGGGUCCUAACUUGUUAACAUGUUUAAGGUCACCGCUAGGUGGCUGCAGAUUGCUGCCAACUUGCUAGUUAGCCAGAUCCCUUCAAACGAUUAAACCUAACCCCCAUACUCCCACCCCCCCUUACCUCUUUUUAAUCCCCCUGUUUUUAAAACAAGUGCAUGUAUUUAUGUUCCUCAAAACACUAUCUCUCAGGUGAGGGUUGCAAUGCUACAUCUCGUCUCAAGGCUUUCCAAUACAUCAUUGACAAUAAAGGCAUAGCUACACAAGCAAGCUACCCGUACAUCCCUCAGGUAAAUGUGCUGUUUGUUUCCACGACGUUGAGAGAAUGACAUGUUCUCUAGCCUUAAAUUAAACAAUAGUGCUUCGAAGAGAACAAUAAUUAAAUGAAAGCUUUCUAAAACAGGUUUACUAGACAUUGUACCCGGUGAUGCUCUGGUUUGAAUUCGGGAAAGAAGUUCUAAAGCACUACCAUCUUGCAUGUGCAUUCAGUGUCCUUUCAAUGUCACUUGGCAAAAGUACACAUCAACAUUAAAAAUUGUGUCCUAUCAAUACCAGAUUUAUUAAAACCCGUGCCAACAUUUCACUUUUGGGCAAAGGCGAUUUCAGUUAAUAUUAAGAUUCUAACCCGUAAACAAAUUUGAUUUACAGACAAAUCUAACUUAUAAAAGAUAUCCCAUUCAAUACUUGGGAGAGGAAAAUCCUCAGGAAAAUCACAGGCUCAGUGAUAGGCUCAAUGAUGUUUGGAGAAUCCGU